CCUUCGCACUCAAUUAAAAAUGAUUUUACUACAAAAUCAAGAUGAAUGACAAAGAAAUAAUCAUUGUUUGAUUGUAUCGAUAUGCACGAAAAUAUUUACACACUGUUUCCAAUGGAAAGACAUCAUUAUAUUUAUUUUCACUUUUAAGGUUGUUCCAACCUCUUCAUGUUGUUGAUUAUGAAAUACUAUCGCCCUGAUGACUUUUCGUUUUGUGAAUUACUUUGUUCAUGCUAGCGUUAGAAAAUGAUACUCCUCCGAAGGUUACCGACGAAAAGUAUCAUUCUGCAAAAAUUAGAACACCAUAUACACCAUAGACCAGCGAUUAAUAGCAAGCAGUUAUUUUACACGUGUUUAACACCAUCGAUCAGGAUCAACGGGAAACCAUGUGUAUUUUCAGCGUUAAGGUACUGUGGAAGCAAUACAUUGAAAAAGCAAGUUUUAAGCCCUACCAUACGGCCUGCAACAAAAACGAAAAAACCAUCAGAAUUUAAAAAUCUGAUUAUGCUAGCGGCACCCGAAAAAUGGAGAUUGUUCGGUGCCGUUACUUUCUUAUUGGGUUCAUCUGCUGUCACAAUGGCAGUACCGUUUUGUUUAGGAAACCUGAUUGAUAUUAUUUACACAAGCAGCAAAGAAAACAUAACAGAAAAUCUCAAUCGAUUAUGCAUUAUUUUAUUCGGAGUGUUCGUCUUUGGGGGUCUAUGUAACUUCUUCAGAGUUUAUUUGAUGACUACUACUGGACAUCGAAUCACUCAGUCCUUGAGAAAACAAUUAUACUCCGCUGUUCUGCGGCAAGAAGUAGCAAUGUUUGAUAAAUGUAGUACAGGAGAGCUUGUUGGUAGACUAUCAGGAGACACACAACUUGUUAGUUCUGCGUUAACUAAUAACGUGUCGGAUGGGUUACGUUCUGCUGUUAUGAGCAUUGCCGGAGUAUCGAUGAUGUUCUAUGCUUCGCCAAAAUUAGCAAUACUCGGUCUAGGCGUUGUACCGCCAAUUGCCGGUUUAGCCGUAAUUUAUGGCCGCCAUCUAAAGAAAAUUUCUAUGGACAUACAAAACAGCUUAGCAGUACUGAAUACAACAGCUGAAGAAAAAAUCUGUAACGUGAGGACAGUAAAAGCUUUUGCAAAAGAGCCAAGUGAAGUGAACUAUUAUAAUUCACAAUUAGAAGAUGUGCUCAAAGUCUGCUAUAAGGAAAGUUUGUACAGAGGAAUAUUUUUUGGAUUAACUGGAUUCUCAGGAAAUGUGAUUAUUCUCUCUGUUUUGUAUUAUGGUGGAGUUAUGAUUUCUACCUCGUCUAUUACAAUUGGAAGCUUAAGCGCAUUUUUAAUGUAUGCUGCAUACGUGGGAAUUUCUUUAAACGGACUAUCCUCGUUUUAUAGCGAAUUAAACAAAGCGUUAGGUGCGAAUGCACGUUUAAUUGAAUUGGUCGAAAGACAGCCAGCAAUACCCAUUGAAGGUGGCAAAAUCCUGGAAAAAGAACUGUCAGGUGAUAUUGAAUUUCAAAAUGUUAGUUUUGCUUACCCUACAAGAGAAAGUAUAUGGGUUUUGAAAAAUUUCAGUCUAAAGAUUCCGAAAUGCACGGUAGUUUCUAUCGUCGGUUCAUCGGGUUCUGGAAAAUCUACGGUAGCUUCGCUAUUGUUGAGAUUUUACGAUCCCCAUUCAGGAUCUAUACUUUUAGACAAUCAUAAUCUCAGAUCUCUUGAUCCUACAUGGGUCAAAUCACAGAUCAGCGUUGUAUCUCAGGAGCCAAUACUCUUUAGCGGUACAAUAAGAGAAAAUAUAUUGUAUGGAGUUGACGAUUCAACGAAAUACGAUGUAGAAGACGUCGCGAGACGUGCGCACAUUUUGGAAUUUACAAAAAAUAUGCCGGAUGGUUUGGACACAGUGGUUGGAGAAAGAGGCAUUACUCUCAGCGGUGGACAAAAACAAAGAGUCGCUAUUGCUAGGGCGCUGAUAAAGGAACCAAAAAUCUUAAUUCUGGACGAGGCAACGAGUGCGUUAGAUGCAGAAAGCGAAUAUCUUGUACAGGAAGCUAUAGAAAAAGCUAUUAAAGGACGAACGGUAGUAACCAUAGCUCACAGACUCAGUACAAUAAAAAAUGCUGAUAAAAUUAUAGUUUUAAAUCAAGGACAAGUAGCAGAAACUGGAACGUACAAAGAACUUAUGGAUAUAAGCAAUGGUUACUUUUAUAAAUUAGUUCAACAUCAAACUUUUGGAUAAAUUUCGAAUUGUAAUAUGUCACAAAAACAACAAAGUUUGAUAGUUACAAGUUUAUCGGCGUGUAUUUGUAUAUAUUAGUAAAGUGAAAGGUAAUUCUUAUAUCUUUUUAACGAUUUUAAAAUAAGCAAUGUAAAAAAAAUACCCAGCAGUAACUAAAUAAAACCAAUGUACAAAGGUCAUUGAAAAUCACAUAAAAAUUGUAAUAAAUAAUUAAUAAAUUUAUUAAUUUAAUCUCAGAAAUACAAUAUGUUAUUCUGUAA